AUGAUCUCAAGCACGUGCUCCACGCGAAUCUUUACUACGACUAUGCAAGCAAAAGGUUUCCAUUCAACGCUCUCAACUAAGAUUCCUCUACGUACACGACAUGAACAUGUGGCAUGCGACUUGUUUGUCCUCUAUGAACUUCCAGCCGAUAUUAUCGUUGACCCGUUUGAGCUCAAUGACCAUGGACUCUGCUUCCAGUUUGUGGGGAAUACGAAUCUGGAGCUACCAAUGUCGGGGGUAGCAGAUGAAUCAGGUUGGCUGCUGGUCGCUGUCAAGCCGGAGGCAGACUUGGUCAUGGUGGAUGUGCCUCUCCAUGUUAGGUACGGUGUGCCACACGAGGGCCAUAGCCCUCGUCACAUCAUCCAGCUACCUCCUCCAACUUGUUUCUGGGCUUGUCCUUCCUCAAACAAAUCGUUCCCCAACGCGCUCCCAUCUCAGUCUCCCAAAUUUCACUUGCUUAAUUCAUCUGCUCAGUUCGAAAUCCUUCGUCGCGGUUACGCAACUUCAUUGCCUUUCUCAUUCGACAUUCCUGUUGGCAACAUCAAUCACACUCUCUAUAUCGAGUUAUGUACCGUGACUGUGACCCUCCUUGCUUUCGUGUACAUUAUCCGGCAGUGUUGGACAAUCUCCAAAACCCUCUAUUCUGUGCACCUCAAGAUGCAAUAG